AUGCCUGGCUUUGGAUUCCUCAAGAAGUGGACGAAGGAGGGCCACUCCGAUCACUCAACCUCCACCACCUCCAACCUGGCAAGCCCUGUCACCCAGACCACAUCGUCGGCAUCGUCCAAGGCUGCUGAUUCCCUCAUUUCCCACCUCCACCCGAAGCAGCCCCAAGCUCCAUUGGCCUCCGCAGACCGGCCGCAACCAUCGUCUGGAGCAGUGCCGCUUGGUCAAUCGGCUGCAUUACGGCAGGCGCCGGCGUCUGGCGGGGCUGGAGAGGAUCAAAACGCCCAGAGCAACCCCCCCGCCAUCAACCCUUCUCCUCCUCAGCAGCAGCAGCAACAGCCUCAGGAUCAAGGCGCAAGCUCGGCGACUCCCGCCACAGCUACCACCAUCAACGGUGCUGGCCAAAAGCCGUCCAACGACUCGCAGACGCAAACCACCAUCCCCAGCCCUUCCCUUAAUACCCUAGUCAAUCCUCCCCAGCAGCAUGACGGGGCUUCCCACGCCGACCAGCAGAACCUCAAUUCCUCAACUGUCGCCAGUCCUACCUCACUAGGGCUGCAGCCCAUCGCCGCGCCCCUCCUCAGUGUCAGUCCCGGCACCGACCCUAACCUCCAGCACCCACAACACCAAGCCGCACAACCUCUAUCACCGCCCGAGAACAUGGCGACACCGAUGCAAGUCGAUACGCCGACCCCGGCACACCAAUCGCAACCCUCACCGCAGCCACAUCAACAGCAGGCGCAGCCUCAACAGCAACCAGUACAGCAGCAGCAGCCGCCCCAAGUAUCACAGCCCCAACAUCAGAAUGAACAUCAGACCCAGCAAGCCCAAUAUCAGAAUGCGCAGGCUCAAUCCACGCAGCCCCGUGUCACCAAGGGCAAGUAUUCGCUGGGCGACUUUGAGAUCCAGAGGACCCUCGGCACCGGUAGCUUCGGGCGAGUGCACUUGGUUCAGUCCAAGCAUAACCAGCGCUUUUAUGCUAUUAAGGUGUUAAAGAAAGCCCAGGUCGUCAAAAUGAAACAGGUCGAGCACACCAAUGACGAACGCCGCAUGCUGAGCGACGUCAAGCAUCCUUUCCUGAUCACUCUUUGGGGAACCUUCCAGGACAUCAGGAACUUGUAUAUGGUCAUGGACUUUGUUGAAGGUGGCGAGCUCUUCUCAUUGCUGCGAAAGUCUGGGCGAUUCCCAAAUCCGGUCGCCAAAUUCUACGCCGCUGAAGUUACACUGGCUCUGGAGUACCUUCACUCCAAGAACAUCAUUUACAGAGAUCUGAAGCCUGAAAACCUAUUACUCGACCGACACGGGCAUCUUAAGAUCACCGACUUUGGCUUUGCGAAGAAAGUACCGGACAAGACAUGGACGCUUUGCGGUACUCCGGACUAUCUCGCGCCUGAAGUAGUCUCUAACAAGGGCUACAACAAAUCUGUAGACUGGUGGUCUCUUGGUAUUUUGAUAUACGAGAUGCUCUGUGGCUACACGCCAUUCUGGGAUAGUGGUUCGCCAAUGCGCAUCUACGAAAACAUCCUCAAGGGAAAGAUCAAGUAUCCGGCAUACCUCGUCCCUGAGGCCCACGACCUCCUUGAGAAACUGAUCACGCCCGACCUUACCAAGAGAUUGGGUAACCUUUACGGAGGACCUGCUGAUGUGAAGAACCACCCUUGGUUCGCUGAGGUCACUUGGGACAGACUUGCUCGCAAGGAUAUUGAUGCUCCAUAUACGCCACCAGUCAAGGCAGGGGCUGGAGAUGCCAGCCAAUUCGACAAAUACCCUGAAGAGACGGAGAAGUAUGGCGCAACAAGUGGAAACGAUGAUUAUGGACACCUCUUUACAGAAUUUUGA